AUGCCAAGAAGAAAGAGAGCUUCGAGUCCAUUUGAUCCGUUCGACGAUGACUUCGACGAGGAUGCCAGCUCCCAAAGUUCCAAAAACGGAAAUCCACCAGUGCAACGAAACGCUGCCAAUGCUCGAGAGAGAGCACGAAUGCGAGUAUUGUCUAGCGCUUUUGGACGACUCAAAACAAAACUACCGAACAUUCCACCGGACACAAAACUAUCCAAAUUGGAUACACUACGCCUAGCCACGAUGUAUAUCAAACAGUUAAAGGUGCUAGUUGAGGGUGGCACAACAAGUUCAGAUAAUAUGGAAGCAAUGCAAGAGUCAUCGGGGAUUUUCAAUAUGCAGGGUGUUCCACAAAGCAUGACUUGGCCCUUUGGCUUCCAUCAUAUGCAAAGUAACAGUAAUAAUAGUAGUAGUCGACUACAAACACUGCAAUACCCCCCCUCCGAAUGGAAUCACACGCGUAACACUUAUUCCAAAUAUGGACGUAUGAGUAACAGUAAUGCCGGCAGCCACAAUAGCAAUUAUCAACAAGAUUCAAAUAUUUUGCAUUCGCACCAUUGGUAUACGACAGAAGAGCCAAUGACAGAGGACAUCAGCAUAAAUAACAACAAUUGUGCCUUUUUCGAAUCACAAUCGGAACAUCAUUUCAAACAAAAUCAUGAUAUUCCACAGGCUCAUCACCAACUAUUUCACACAAAUCAUUCAAAUAUGCAAAGUUCGAUACGAUAAAUAAGUACAGUGCCUGCCCUGCAUAUAUAAUUAUUAUACGCAUUCAAUUUCCUCGUAUUUGUAGUAAAACUUAUGAGUAGAACUUCAUAGAUAUUUAAGAGUAUGAUAUUGGAUAGUCUAAGAAGUUCGGUAACAAAUUGGAGUAAAGUUAAAAUAAUUUUUUUUCUGAGU